CCUCUGGGAGCUCGAAGCCGAAUGUCCCGUUAUCUCUCAGCUCGAAGGUGUAGGCGAAGGGGAUCCCCUGCAUCCGAGCCCAGUCUCUGGAUGAACCGGAGUUGGGACAGACAUACCAGCUCGUUGUAGUUGGGGGCGGUGAAGUUGGGGUGUCCGUAGGGAACCAGGAGCAGCUGGCCGUACGAGUGGAUGUUAACGUGGAGCAAACACGGCGUGAGGGAAAAAGCUGCGUCAACAUCUGGACGGACUGCAGAGCCGAGGAGGCCGGCGGGUUUUUGGUGCACAUUCCUGAGGGGCCUGGAGCGUAGCUGUAAUGGGUCGGUGGGUGUCGGCUGGCUUGGAUAGAGGAUGGCUCUGCAGGCGGCAAACGGGAGUGUGCUGGAGGUGUCGGUGGGCUGCGUGGAGCAGGGGAACCUCAGCGUGGAACUUACCGACUAUAACAUCAGCUGCUCGAACAGCUCCGUCCUCCGCAGACCGGCCACCAGAGUCAGAGAGAUGGACUCUCUGCGUAUCCUGCUCUACUCGCUCAUCUUCCUGCUCAGCGUCUUUGGCAACCUGCUGAUCAUCGUGGUCCUGAUGCUGAACAAGCGUAUGCGGACCGUCACCAACUCCUUCCUGCUGUCUCUGGCGGUCAGCGACCUGAUGAUGGCCAUCUUCUGCAUGCCCUUCACCCUCAUCCCCAACAUCUUAGAGGACUUCAUCUUCGGGGCCUCCAUGUGCAAGACCGUCACGUAUUUUAUGGGGAUCUCCGUCAGCAUCUCCACCUUCAGCCUCGUGGCCAUCGCCAUCGAGAGGUACAGCGCCAUCUGUAACCCGCUGAAGUCCCGCGCGUGGCAAACCCGGUCCCACGCUUACCGCGUCAUCGCCGCCACGUGGGUGGCGUCGCUGCUAAUCAUGGUGCCCUACCCGGUGUUCAGCAACCUCAGGUCCUUCCCCAAGGCCAACGGUACUGUGGGCCACAUGUGUCGCCUGGUCUGGCCCAGCCAUCAAGCUGAACAAACCUGGUAUGUGCUGCUGCUGUUCACUCUGUUCUUCAUCCCGGGAGUAGUGAUGAUUAUAGCCUACGGUCUGAUCUCCAGAGAGCUGUACCGAGGUAUCCAGUUUGAGCUGAGCCAGAACAGAGAGACCACCGGCCAGAAGAAUGGCGUAGGCAGAGCCAUGGCAGGCUCCAAUGAUGACGAUGACGGCUGCUACAUCCAGGUGGCGAAAAAACCCUCCUCUGCGGUGGAGCUCCCCACCCUCUCCGCCUCGUCCGGCGCCGCCCAGGCCAAGACCGAGCGCGCCCGCAGUAACACCUCGGAGGCCAAGCUGCAGGCCAAGAGGAGAGUCAUCCGCAUGCUGAUGGUGAUUGUAGCGCUCUUCUUCAUCUGCUGGAUGCCCCUGUACACAGCCAACACCUGGAAAGCCUUUGACCUGAACUCGGCCUCCAAAGCCCUCUCAGGAGCGCCCAUCUCCUUCAUCCACCUGCUGUCCUACACCUCUGCCUGCGUCAACCCCAUCAUUUACUGCUUCAUGAACACGCGCUUCCGCAAGGCCCUGCUGUCCACCUUCGCCUGCUGCUGCCGCAGCCGUCUCUGCCGCCGGUGCUCGUGGUGCAGGAGGAGGGAGGGAGGAGAAGAUGGCAUCACCGCCGCCUCCAUGGCCACGUCGAUGGCUACCUCCAUGUCCAAGUUCAGCUACACCACCGUCAGCACCACCGGCACCUGCUGAGCCUGGAAGGAGAGCUGAGCGUUCGCUUUGUUGCAUCCUGGAGAGAACAUCAAGUGCCUGUGCUCUUUUGUGCGGCUUCGUCCUGGUAAGGUUUGUUCACCGGCUGAGACUCACGUUUCAGCGAGAAACUGCGCUGAGAAUACAAAUUCUGUUGUACGUGUAGAUCCUGUCUCCAUGUUCUCGUCGUGCCAAAGGUUUAUGUCUGGUGAGGACUCAUUAACUCUGUGAUGAAUCAGUAUGGAUCAGCUGCUUUUGUGUUAAAUGUUGCUGUUGUUGUCUCGGCUGUCAGAAUUAUUUUAUUGACGAGGUAACUUUGGACACUAGAGUUUCUGAAAUCACCUUGUUUACACUGGAAUAUAUGAAAGCUCCUCGCCUUCCUGUGAGCUAGUGUUUUGCUCUUGUUGUGUUACGCUUCAUCACUUCUUGUGCGUAAGGCAGAUUUUUCCUGCAAGUACACAAACAACAGGAAGAAGAAAAAAAUCAUUGAUGGGGCUGAUUCUGUUGAUUCUUCAGUAAUGACGGGAUGUUUUUGACCCUUUUGCAAGAACCACUCUGUGAUUCAGGAUGAUGAGGCAGGUGCGUCUUUAUAGAAGCAUCUUGAAGAUAAACAUCUGAAGACGAUAAUUUAGCAUUUUCUCCCAGCAUGCAUAAACAAGGCGGCGUGGUGUAUUAGAGAGUGAAAGUGGGAUCAAACAGGCUUGGAACUUAAAUCUCCGGUCAGCGCUGCUACAGAUGUACAUUGAAUACUGAUGCAGCUGCCCCUGCCGCCGAUGGCACGGUAAAAAUGCUUUAGUCAAACACACCUUUUCCGCUCAAUUAUCUCUGUGGUGUCUUUAAUGUACUCUCUCUCUUUCUCUGCCUUCCACAGUGCUGCCAAUUACUCUGAGCAUUACCUAAGUACAAAGCCCCCCCCACCCCCCCACCCACCGUUUCCAGGCUCAGACUAACAAGGUGUU